UCGAAAUUUUUCGUUUUAACACUUAAAAAACCCUUUAAUUUUUAAACGCAUUGCAAUAUAAAUAGGAUACUAACAAACAUAUUGAUCAGAUGCUCUGUAAUAUUAAACAAGUUCCUCUUAUAUAUAUAUAUAUAUUACCUAAACGAAAUAGAUUUUUUACAGUUAAUUAUUUUAAAAAAAAAUACAAGAAUAAUCCAGCAACGAGUUGCGUAACUUUCCAGGCAAAAGAGUUAAAAUUGUAUGUAGUAUUUUAUUUAAAAUGCAUUUUGUAUUAUUAAUUAUUAUUAUAAUGUGGUAAAAAGCUUAGUUUUGAUGGUAAAGAGUUUUAUUUUAUUAAAAAAUAAAACAAAAACGUGUUAAUUCUCCAUUAAUCCCAACACCCUCUAUCUUCCUACCCUCUUGACCUUUAACCACCAAAAUUUAAUAGCAUUAAUGCCCAUGAUAUCCAAACCUCCCUGCCAAAUUUCAGAAAUUUUCGACAAAAGGCACGGGAGUUAUCAAGCUUCAAAGUGGACGAACGUAAUCGUUCCCCCACACGUACAUACAGAACCUUCCUAAUUUUUUGCAUUUCUCGAUAUUUCGAGGACCUCUGAUCCUAAAAUUUAUAAAUUUUUGAGGGUUAUUUUUUUUUAUUUCAUGGCUUAUACAUAAUACAGUCGGGAAAGUAACAAUGAAAUUUUACUUACUAAUACUUAAAUUUAUCCUUACGAUUAUUAUUAUUCAUUAGAUGGAGUCAUUUUUAAUGUCAUUAAAAUGACAGUUUGGAUUAUUCUAUUCAAUACACGCUUCCUUUCUCAUGCUAUUGCCGAGAAUAUAAAAUAAAAGCUAUUUAUUUUUAUAAAAUUUUCGACUUUUAUAGCACUAUAAAAUUCCAAAGGUAAAGAGUACCAGUUUAGUUUUAUUUACUAUUGAAUUUUGCCUGUGUGUAUACGGUAUAAACCUAUACAAAUUUUAUUCUAUUCCAGAAUUUAAUUUACUUCAUUCGAUUCCCGAACUUGUCUAAACGUUCCUGGUAGAUUUAUUUUACAUUUUAGAAUACAAAACGCUACCCAGAAAUUAUUUUAAAACUAGAGAAAAUUCAAUUUGUACAACGAAAUUUCAUUCAUUUUAAAAGAAAUAAAACCACAUUCUGUAUCAGUUUAUACGUUAAGGGAAGGGUUUUAGUUACAUCAUUCGUAAGUUUAACGAAUUUUUAAUUAUCUGGCAUGGAUUUUUCAUUAUAAACAUCGAGAAUUUCAGUGAAAUUCUCUUUAUAUUAAGGAAUUUUAACGAUUAAACUGUUGAAGAGAGGGACAGAGAUAGAAAAAAAAAGUACAAAUAUUAGAGCAGAAAAAGUAAGAAAAUGUAUAAAAAUUCUACUUGUAGGGGGAGGGAAUUCGUGACAAUGCAUGGACAAACAAUCUUGGAACGUAUGUUAAUCACGUCAGACAUAGAACUACUAGACUAUAAUAUUUCAAAACAGCAGUGACGCCAGCUAGUGGUAAAAUUUCUCAUCGAUCGAUCGAGGAAGAGGGGCAACCGAGCAGACGACACUCACCUGGCAUCGAGACUAUCUAUCCUUGAGUGAGAAAGAGUAUAUACGAGACAAGAUAGAAACAAUAUGGAAGAACGAGCUAACGAAUCAUCCGAUAGAAGAUCCAAGAGAUCAUCCCUAGCAUCCAGUAAAGCGCACGACAUAGAUCUAGUCUCUUUACAGUUAAGCCAUUCCUCAAGGGGUGUUAGACAAGAAUUACUUCUUCACGAAGCUGCAAUCAAAAAUGAUUUGGCUGUGGCCAAAAAACUCAUCGAAGCCAAAGUAGAUGUUAACGCAAAGGGUCACAUGGAUCGCACACCCGUGCAUUGGGCGGCAUCUAAAGGACAUUUAGAUAUAUUAGCAACGUUAAUACACGCAAAAUGCGACAUAGAAGCAACGGAUAAGUAUGGAAUGCGCCCUGUACUAAUGGCCGCGUGGUUCGGUCAUAAAGGAGCAGUGCAAUUGUUAGUCGAAAAUGGAGCAAAUUGUAGGGCAGUUAACAGGCAAGGGCAAACGGUUCUUCAUUGCGGCACGCAGAAUAGUAAUGUUGAAAUUGUUAACUUUCUUAUCGAAUCUGUCGAAAAUAUUCAAGUAAAUACGGUAGAUAAAAAUGGACAGACUGCUUUGCAUAUAGCCGCCAUGAAUAAUUGUAUGGAAAUUACAGAGAAAUUAAUUCAAGCCGGUGCAGAUGUCAGCAUCAAAGACAAGAUGGGUCGUACGGCUGUUCAUUUAGCUGCUCUUAAAGGACAUCACCUAAUCCUAGUCAGAUUGUUAAGAGUGGGUGUAGAAAUCGACGAUAGAGACGAGGAAGGUAAAACGUCUUUGCAUCUGUCGGCGGAAAGUGGACAUAAAGAAGCAGCAGAAAUUUUAUUACAGCAUAAUUGUGAUCCCGAAGCGGAAGAUACGAAAGAAAGAACCGCUCUUCACAUUGCCGCUUCCUUAGGCCAUGCCGAUGUUGUUACUACUCUUUUAAAUUUUGGUGCUAGCUUGAACGUUAAAGAAAAGCUGGAUACAAUCCAAAUCUACAAUUUGGACAAGAAUAUCUUAACCAAUUCUACUGAUGCAAAGUGGACAAAUACAAACAAGUCAGUAGUGAAAGAAUAUUCAAAAUGCAAUGAGAUUGGAUACUUGUACCCGAACCCUGGAUUAUAUGCGAUUGUUCGAAUAACAUCGGGCGAUCCCAUCUUCGUCGUCGUCGACCUCCUGGACAUAGCCGAGGAGGAGGAAGCGGCAGCGGUGACCGGCGGUCUUACCCCGGCUUCUCCUAAACAAGAUCAGAAACGGGCCAGUCGUCGUAGGGUAGCGAGAAAAGGAGACUCUGUCGAAGAUAUGGGCAAAUACUACCCACAAAUACUUGAUUUUGAAUAUAACAUUAAAAAAAAAAUAACUUCAAAUACUUCCAACAUUAGGUUACAAACAGCAUUACAUUUAGCUGCCGAAUUAGGAUAUGCAGAAGUUACAGAAGUAUUAUUAUCAUGUGGUGCUAAUUUAUCCAUUCCAGAAAAAGGUGGUAGAAAACCAUUAUACAUUGCUGCUAGAGGAAGUUACACGGCCAUAGUCGAUAUGCUGAUACGAGUAGAAAGAGAACAAAAUUUGAAAUUUAGUCCUUCCUCAGACUUUCUUGAAAGUCAAGAUAUAACUGUGAUACAACAAGCAGAAGAACAAGCAGAAGCACAACAAAAAAGAAUGCGCCAACUAUUAUGGUCUUUAGCCAAUAAUUAUCUGGAAGCUGGUGAAUGGCGUCGCUUAGCAAGAUACUGGGGUUUUACUGAAGAACAUAUAAAAGCAAUUGAACAUCAGUAUACAGGAAAGAACAGUUAUAAAGAACAUGGUUAUCGCAUGCUAUUAAUCUGGUUGCAUGGAGUGCCUUCUUCUAGGAAUACCCUAAAAGAAUUAUUUGAAGCUUUAGUAGCAAUUGACAAGAGAGAAAUUGCUGGUAAAUAA